GCCGCUUUAAAAGCCUUCCCACCGAGAAGGCAAGAACCCUAAUCCCCUGCGGCUCUGACUCCGUCCCUCGCGCCUCCUUCUCGCCGUAGUUGCCUCCCCACAGACAUCGAGAUCGUUUCACCGGCGCCGACUGCUUCUGUUCCAUCGUCGAGCUGAAUAGAGGAGCUUGUUGAAUUGAACUUUCGACGAUGGGGGUGGAACCACAAGGAAACGGAUUUUCUGUAGAUGGUGCAGAGGAGGGGUUCAUCAGUGAUUCUGAGGCUUUUGCUUCUGUUAUAAAUGUUCUCGAUGGUGUUCGGAUGGCUCCAUCUUUAGUUGCUCAGGUUGAUAAGGAGCAGUACUAUUACCUGGUUUCUGUGGUGAAUCCUGGAAGGAAAAUUGGACCAGUUGAUGAAGCUUUAACAGUGACAGCAUUGAAGGCACUAACAAGAGCCGUCUUCAAGAUAGACAUUAUGUACCAUGGCGCUCUAUUAAAUAAUAUUUUUCUAACAUCCAUAUGGGACUAUGAUUUGGAGACAAGGAAUGCAUUCUUGGAAUUGAUCACUACAAUGGCUACACUACCUGAUAAAUUUCUUGAAAAUUGCUUACAUGUGCUUUUGUGUAACUUUCGCCCACCCAAUUGGCUAAAGGCGCCAUUUUGUCACUCAAAAAGAUGGCUUAUGAGGAAGAAAGAAGUUCAUAGCGAACUUCAUUUGGCAUUGCAUUGUAUUACUACUUUAGUACCUCUUGCUCCAGUGAGGCUGAAAUGUUUAAUUGAAAAACUGAUGUCCAGAGUCACUGAAGAUAAAUAUAUUAUGGUAACUUAUGUGGAGGGUUUGCUUGGACUAGAAAAAAAUGAAAUUGGAAAAUUCCUUGGAAGCACAGUAAUGGCAAAAGUAGUAGAUUUGCUCACAGACUUGGAUGUAAACAUACCUUGGGAAGACAUUCUACAGGAAGAACAGAACAAAAGUGUAUUUGUGAUUGAACUUGGAGAUUCUAAUCAAGAUGAUGAGCAUUCUUCCAUCAAACAAAAUGGAGUUUUAAAGUGCAAUGUUUUUGCCGACAAAUUGGAUGGCUUGAUGGUGGUAGUUUGUGAGCAUCUUAAAUCCUGUGCAGACACUGGUUGUUUAUUAGAGGGAUUUGAUAGGCUCUCAGAAAUCUUUCGAAGGGCGGUGCUAAAACUUCACAAGUCAAAAUUUACUCAGUUCCUGAUAUUUUAUGCUUGUUCGUUGGAUCCUGACACAUGCGGUUUGAAAUUUGCUAUUCUACUAACAGAUAUUUUUGUUUCAAAAGAUGAAGAUCCAGAUUCCAGAAUGAAGGCUGUUGCGUAUCUUGCAAGUUAUCUAUCCCGGGCUAAGUUUAUUUCUUCUUCCCUGGUCACAAGUAUACUUCAAAGAUUGGUGGAUUGGUGUUUUGAGUAUUGUCAAUUGCAAGAGAGUCGGGAAAAAAUGAUCAGCCCUCAAGCAGACCGAAUCUUUUAUUCUGGAUGUCAGGCUGUGAUGUACAUUCUAUGUUUUCGAUUGCGAUCAAUCUCAGAUGUUCCUCACCUGAAGCAGCUGCUCUUUCACCUGCCACUGGAUUCUAUCCUGUGCCAUCCAACCUUGGAUCCUCUUAAGGUGUGUUUGCCCUUGAUCGUUCAAGAGUUCCUCAGACAAGCAAGUGCUGCCCGGUUGUUUAAGAAACCCAUGCCUUAUUUCUACGACGACUCGUUUGAAUCUGAAUUCUCAAAGGCUUUUGGAGGAAUCGAGCGUUUGGACAUGUUCUUCCCAUUCGAUCCAUAUCUUCUUAAAGAAUCCGACAGAUUUAUGCGCCCCAAUUUUGAGUUCUGGGACAAUGUGAGGACAACAUACAGCAACUUCGACGGGGACGAAGUGGAUGAUGAGCUUGAGGACCUUGAUGUUCCCAAUUUCCCUGAUGAUGCAGGGGGCUACGAAGUGCAUAACGAUAUUGACUUUGACAAUGAAGAUGACAUCGAACUACCGAUGAGCAAAAUGUCAAUCACCCCAAAGCCUAGCUUUCUGCACCCGAUAGCCACCAACUUCAGCCAGCCUUCGCUGAUGCCCGCAAGAAUAAGACCGUCUCAAAGCCCUCCAUCACCUCGACAAGGGAUUUUAUCCAGGAGGGAGUGGAGGGGUUGAGGCAGCAGACGCUAAAGUUUGCAGAUCUUGUAUGCUGCUACAUCAUUGUUGUAGUGUUAAAUAUUUUUAGGUGAGUCCAUUGAGAUUGGUUAGGAUAAGACGAUACAUGUAUAGUUUGAAUAACUAGUGCAAUUUUGUUUUUUAUCCUUCCAAAAUUUAUUAGUCGUGUCCUUGUAAUCACACUCGUCAUUGAGCCAUGUUUGUCCCAAUUAUUUAAUACCACAUGAGAUUCUAUCUCCA